AUGUUAUUGUUUAAAAUACUGUUUCUGAUUUUGAUGUGAGAUUUUUGCAAUAUAUUUAGCUUUGAAGUCAAUACCUAGGAUUGUGUAACUAAAUUUGAAGUAUUAGAAGUUGAUGCUGAUUAAACAUAAAAUGAUCUUGAUACAACUAAUUAUUAAACUUUAGAGGCUUAUUCUAAUUCAUUCUGGAUCAAGUAUACUAAUCUUGAUCCAAAAUAUAAAAUUAAUGAACCUAAAGAUAGUUAAAGUUGGUGCAGCGGAUAUUCAUAUAUUAUUUGGUAGUAAGUCAUAGAUGGAGGUUUUUAAAAGACAUCUUUGUUAGUGCUAAACAUUUGGAAAGACGUUUGCGAAUUCAUCUUUUUUUAUGGUGAAAUUGAUGCUGAUGAACCUUUAAUUUUAACAAUCUAGUAGGAUCCAUAAAGGCUUGAUGGUCAGUGGAUUUAUUUUAUGAUAUCAUAUUUUCCUAAUGAAAAAAAUGUAGUUGUUUAGAAAGAUUCUGAUAUUGCGAUUUUAGAUGUUCAAACCAUAUAUUCAGGAUAUGUUGAAACUACAUUAGGGUGGGAUGGGGGUUUUGUAUUUUAAUUAUUUAUUCUUAGGUCGUAAUUGGGAAUUAAUUUAAAUGGGUCGAACAAUUUCCUGGGUAUUUGACUAACUAAAUCUAUUAUGACAAGUUAAAAAUGCCAAAUGACUUGUAAUACCAUGGUUUUUUAAAUUGCAAGCCUAUAGAUGAUAGUUAACUCCAAACUAAAAUAUAUGUAGAUGGAUUAUAAAAAUUUAAUUCAGGACUUAUAAUAGUGGAUAAACUCUUGGUGGUUGGUUCAAAAUAUUUUAUUCAUAGUUGGGUAAAGUUGAAUCUUGAUUUGGUAACUAUUACAAAUCCACUUUCUUAAUUACUUAUGAGAAUGACGAUCAAUUCAUAUUACAAAGAUAUUACAUAUGAGGGAGACAGGGCAUUUUAUUAUAGAUAUAACAUUUAUCAAUAGGAAGUAUAAAGUUCAAACAUUUACAUCGAAACCUCACAUUAUAAAAUACCAUUUCAAUGUUAUAAAUCUAAUUCAAUAAAGGGGGAAGUUGAUAAUUUUGAGAAAUGGUUAUAUGAGGAUGAUUAGCUCUAUAAUUAGGUUCAAAAGUGGCAUUUUUUUAUUUUUGAGCAAGGAGGAGGAGAGAGCCUAGAAGAAAACUCUUGCUUUUAUUUAUAUUUAAAUUCUAGGACUGAACCCAUAAAACAAUGCUUUGGAAGUUAGAAUCAAAGGAACCAAUAUUCAAAUGGAUACUAUUUCAUAUAUAUCGGAUAAGACGAUUUUAUCAGUAAGAAAUUAGUUGGAUCAAUUUCAGACUUUACUAUUAAGUACAAUUAUAAUGAACUAUAAGAAACCAAGAUGAGUAUAAAUAUCAAUAAUUUUAGUUUGUCAUUUCUCAUGCUCAACCUGUGAUGGACCAACAGCAAAUGAUUGUCUAAGUUGUGACAGUGAAUAAAAUCGGAUCUUUGAUUCUAUUAAUAGAUCUUGUGUCUGUUUAAAACAUUAUUUGCAAGUUGAAAAGAAUAAAAAUUGUUAAUCAAUCAAGACCAUCUUCCCUUUUUCAGAAGAAAAUUAAAUAACUACAAUCAAUGAAGACUAUUGUGAUUUUGGGUAUUUUAAAAUCCCUAAAGAUGAUGGGUUUAUAUGUAAAAAAUGGUAAUUUAUUUAUAAUCUAUUUAGUCCAUUUGCAAUUGUUAAUCAUAUUUAUUGCUUAGAUUGUUAUGAAUAUCCAAAUGAAUGGUAUCUGAAUACUCUAUGCACUAUUGAUUUUCUGUAACAAGACAGAACUUAGGAUCAAGGCUACAUCUUGUAUGAAAGAAGUGAAAAAGAAUAUGAAGUCUUCCUACUUGAUAUUGAAGAUAAUCUGAAAUACUUCGAAUAGUAUAAGUAUAUUUGCAGUGAAUCUGAUAUUCGAUUAGGAUUUAGAAAUUGUGUUUAACUCAAAAUUCCUAAUUUGAAAUAAGAAACAUUUGUAGAGUGCACUUCGAAUUAUUAUUAUGAGAAUGGAGAUUGCAUUUAAUGCCAAAGUAAUUGUUUACAAUGUCAAUCUAAAAACUAAUGCGAUCUUUGCAUUUCAUAAUGGUAUAUCCAGAAAGAAGAAUGUUUUCAAUGUCCUAUAAAUUGCCUUUCAUGUUAAUACAAUGAAUAAUUGGAAGAUGUUCAAUGUCAGUCUUGCAGAUAGUACAAAUUUAUUUACUAUUAAGAAAAUUUGCAUUAAUCAGAGGAACUUGUUAACCAUGUGGAAACUAUUGUCUAACUUGUAUAGAAGAUUUUGACCCUGAGACACAAGAAUAUUUCAAUAGGUGUUUAUAAUGCAUAGACACUUCAAAAUAUUAUAUCUCAAUAACGGGAGGAUAUUGCUUAGAGAAUACAAUUUAAAAUUGCUUAUAUGCUUAUGAAUACUUAUAAAUAGAUGAUUUAAUGAUUAAUACUUUGGAUUAUAAAUUUUAAACUAAUUCCUAAAUUAAGCCUACAAUUAGUUGUGCUAGAUGCAAAGAUUAUUUUGGAGUUGAUGAAACCAAUUAAUGCUAAGAUAUAACCAAUUUUAAUUUUAAUGAUUGCUUAUUUUCAGCUCAUCUUGAUACAAUCUAAGGUUAGGUUUGUAUCAUUGGAUCAGAAAGUAAACAAUCAAACAAAUGUGCUUUAACCACUCUUUAUUGCUAAAUAUGUUUAUAUUUGAAAUCUGUUGAAAAGAACUUCUGUAUCGCUUGUUAAAAUGGGUAUUAUGCAGAUAGAUUAACUGGACUAUGUUUUUAAUGUCCAAAAUCCUUAUUCUGUAGUACAUGUUAUUAAUAAAUGAAAACCAAUCAGGAUUAUUGGUUAAUCAAUAUAAUGAAUUAUUAUGAGACCAUCAUCAAUAAGGAUGGAUUACAUACUUUUCGAAAGAAUGCUCAAAGUCAAUCUAAUUCUGACUAUGAAGUCAUUUGUUCUGCUUGUAUCGAUUCAUAUUAAAUGUAAAAUAACCUAUGCAUCAAAUAAUGUCCAGAGGAUUGUGCUUAAUGUAUCUUCUAAGAUAAUUAAUUUGUUUGUCUUAAAUGUAUUUAUGAAAGUUAAGGUCGCAUGCUAACUAUUUUUAAUAAUUAAUGCUUAAGAUGUCCCUAAAAUUGUAAAGUUUGCAGAAAUAGAUCUCAAGAUGAAAUUACUGCGCUUAAUCCAUUUUUUUAGGAUGAAAAGUACAUCAUGUAUACAAGGCAGUGUUUAAUACCUUUAAAUGACUAAGUAGUUUUUAAUAAGGAAUAUGGCAUUUUUCAGGAAUGUAAUCUUGAAGGCUUUUGUGAAAAUUAUAUGUAAUUUUUAAUUAAACUAUAUUGUGAUUAUGAAGAAUAUAAGAAUGCUGAGUAGUUAAAUCAAGAUUAUUUAUAAUUUUAGCAAGGGAAUAUGUAUUUAAAUGAUUUACUUAAAAAUAAUUUUUCUAUCUUUUCCAAUGAUUUGCUAUUUUAAUAUGGAAACCAAGCUUAAAUUUCUUCUAUAAAUUUUUAAAUAAUAAGCAAACAAAGCCAAAAUUGUAUUUUAGAUGAAGAUUUCACAAUAUCCUCCAACCUUAAAGAGCAUAUCUUUACCUUAAAGUAUUAAAUUAUAUUAUUUUAGAACUGUAAAUAUUUAGAUAAUUGGUGAAACUCUAUUAACAUUUAAAUUAUCUGGCAAUUUGUAAUUUGUUAACUUUGAAAAUAUUUUAUUAUAAAAUAUUAAGUUUGAGGUUGCUCCUUUUCUCAAUUAACAACUGUAAAUUCAAGCCUAAUCAUUAACUUAUCAAAACAUCAACUUUAUAGAUUUGACUUUUACAUCAUCCAUUGAUACUCUUGGAUGUUCAAUUUAAAUUAAAGAUGCAUAAUAAUUACUAAUACAAAACGUUAUAUUGUAAGAUUAUAGAUAAGAUGGACCAAAUGCUUUUUUAGACAUUUAUUCUUCAGAUUAAAAGGGCUCCACAUCAAUUUUGGAUUUUCAAUUAAUUAAUACAGAUAUUCGAAAUUCUGUUUUAUUUUAAUUUUAAACUUAAAAAGAUCACAUAAUAGAAUUGUAGAAUCUCUUUAUUAAUCUUAAUUUAUUAGAAUCUUAAUUUAUUUUCUGUGCUUUGACUUCUGGAUGCGGAGAAAUAAAGAUUUCAAAUUUCGAAUUUAUUUAAUCAGUAAGUAUUAACUCUCACAUAUUCUCACUAUAAAAAUUUAGUGAUGCUAAAUUCAGCAAUCUGUUAAUCAGGAAUAUAGAAUUAGCGGAGUCCAUCUUUAUUUAAUUUAUAUAAAAGCUUACAAUCACAAAUUUUAUUUUUAGGGAUUCAAGAAUACUAAACGCUCUAUUAUUCAAAAAUGAUUUACAAGCAGAUCUCUAAAAAUCUAUUGCCAUAUUUUCAAAUAUUUAACUAAUAUCAAAUUCAUACAAUAAGAAAUCAAAAUUUAUUACUAUAUAUCGAUAUGCUGCCCAAGAAUCAUCACUAUUAGUUUAAGGAGCCAGUUUCCUUGAAAAUUAUUUAAUAGAUGUGAUAAUGAUGGAAAAUUUAAAAUAAAUCGAUUAAUCUCUAAUCAUUUUGUAAAGUGAUUAAAUUAUGCUUAAUGAUGUAACCAUCCAUCAAGGUAAUGGUUUACCUUUAAUAUCUUUGAUUAAUUCAUAAAUUAUUGAAAUUAAUAAUCUAUAUAUCAAAACCAGUGAUAAUGUAAAAGAUUAAAUUCAAAAAUAGGAAUUAAGUAUAUCAUAAUUAGGAUUGAUUAUAUAGUUUUUUGCAACUCAAUAAUUAUAAAUUAAUAAUAUGAUUGUUGAAUCAGUAUUAUUAAGUAACUAUCCUGUAAUAAGUUAUGAAUCAAUUACAACUUCUAUAUCUGAAUAGAAUGAACUUUUUGUAAUUAACAAUUCCUCUUUUUUAUUAAAUAUUUUAGUUUUUGAUUCAACAAGAAAUAGUGUUAGUCUAUUAGAGCUAAUUUCUGAGUAAUAUAUUGUUGUGAGAUUUGACAAUGUUAAUUUUAAGAACAAUAUAUUAUAUCAUAAAAAUCAAGGUUAAAAGCAGAAUUCUGCCACCCUGCUUUACUUGGGUUGUUAAACCUGUACAUAUCACUUUAAUUCUAACUAAUUUAUAUCCAAUAUUGUAUUAAACGCAAGUGUUAGUAUAAUCUAUGCUUACUCAAAAGAAGUAAUUAUAAUUGGCUCUCAAUUUUCAAAAAAUGGUGUUUAUAACACAGAAAUCAAAAACUAAUUGAAAGUUCUUUCUGUAGAUGUAAACAAUAAAAUGAUCAAUUAAAGGAGUGCGAAUGGAAUAUUUUAUUGCUCUUUUCUUAGAAUUUAUGAUACAUUAUUUGAAUUUUCAAAUGCUAUCCUGGCUAGCGGAUUUUACUUUUUAUCAUCAUCUUAUGGAUACCUAGAUGUUAAAAGGACAAUUUUUUAACAUAAUUACAAUUUCAUCUCUAGUGAUAAUUCAUAAGGAGGAUCAAUAUACAUAGGAGGCAAUAGCAAUUAGUAUUUAAUUAAUCUUGAAAAUAAUAUAUUUAAAAAUAUCUCAUCAAUAUGUGGUGGAGUCUUGUAAAUUUAAAAUAAUCUAGGUAAAUCGAUGAUAUCCAUUAAAUAUACAACAAUUGAAGAUGUUAAUUCAUUAUACGGUACAGUUGUCUAUGCGGUUUUUUCUUAGUAAAUUCAAAACCCAGGAAUAAUAUCUAUUUCUGAUCUCAUUAUUAAUAAUAGUUUUUCUAGCUAUGCUAAAUUUUAAGCGAAUGUAUUAGAAUAACUGCCAAAUUCAGAAAUUGAGAAUCUUUCCUAAAAUAGGUCUAUGUUUUAUUCUGAAUAUGGAAAACUCUCUAUCAACAAUAUGCAUAUAUUGCAAUCUCAUUAAGAAAUAAUUAUCUUGGAUUAUUUUAUAAAAGGACUAGUUCUUUAAAAUGUUAAUAUUAAAAAUACAAAUUAUUCUUAAAAUGGAUUAAUUUUUAUUUAUCCUAAUUUACGUAAAUAUAUGUAUAUAUAUAUAGUUUAGAAAGCUGAAAUUUCAAUAAAGGAAUUUUCAGUCUCUGGAUCAUUCAUAUCUGAUUUAAAUAUUUAUUCUGAUGAUUUAAUUUUUGGUUUGAUCAAUAUAUAAAACCUUAAUGAGUAACAUUAUAUAAUUAUAGAUGAUAUUUAACUCUAAAAAAUCAACUGUAGUGUUUGUUAAUAUGGAUUAAUAAAUAUUUAUGGUACCAUUACAUAGGCAAACUAAAUAAUGAUGAGGAGAAUAAAUUUAUAAAACAAUACAUGUGGUUUGAGGGGAUGCAUCAACAUAUGGACAGACGAGAAGACUUUAGAUGAUACAUCUAACAAUAGGUUACUUUAAUAAAAAAAUUUGAAAUUAAAUUUUCCUUACUCAAUCUUAAUUGAGAACUAUCUUUGUAUUGGAAAUAUAGCUAAUUCUGGAGUUUGUCUAAGGAAUAAAGACUAUUCAGUUUUGCUUGAGUCUUCUUAAUUUCUAAAUAACAAGGCAACUAAUAAAGGAGGAGCUAUAGUAUUUUAAGGGAGCAAAGCUAUUUUUAAGAUAUUGAAUAGCAUAGUAGCCAAUAAUGUUGCCGAAGUUGCUGGAGGAAUUUAUUAUUCUCAAUCAUUCUCACAAAAUUAUUCCUACCUUAAUUCUUAUAUUUUGAAUAAUAGUGCAACUUACUAUGGAGACGAUACUAUUGAAUUACCAAAUAAACUACUAAUAACUAUCAACAAUUAUUAAUAUUCAAACAAAUAAAUAUUCUUCGAAAAGUAAAUGGUAAUCGAUUAAGCAGUGAUUGCAAACUAACAACAAAAUAAUUACUCUAUUAUUUAAUUACCAAGUGCACAGCUUAUAUAUUUAUAUUAAAGGUUUGACUGGCAGAAUAAUAAUUAUAUAAUGAUGAAUUAUACUUUAAGAUUAAUUCCAUAUGAUUAAAGGAAUAAUAGAAUAAAAAAUUUAACAUAUAGUAAAUGUACUAUUAAAGGAAGAUUAUAUGAUUUUAUGAAAAUAGAAGAAAGUGAAUAAAAGAGUUUUAGUAAUAAUUUUACAAAUUUAAAUGAAGUAGUGUAUGAUAAUUCAUUGGAAGAGUAUAAUUUUGAUCAUUUAAUUAUAUAUUUUGAUCCUGAUUUACCUGAAAAUAUAGUAUUAUAAUUUGAAUUUAAAUGUGAUUCAAUUAGAAUACCAAUUAUAAAUGAAGAUUCAUAAUUGGAUACAAUAAUGUAAUAAUCGGAAGAAUAUUAUUUAAGAUUGAAUAUUAAAACAUUACCUUGUUAAAUAGGAGAAUUAAAAAGUGAUGAAGAUUUCUCUUGUCAUCCUUGUGAUUAUACUUAAGAUUAUUAUUCAGUUAAUCUAAAUUCAAAUAAAUGUAAAAUUAGAGAUAAUAUAUAAAUGAUAGAAGUAAAGUCAGCGUAAAUUAAAUUAAGACCUGUAAAUUAUUUAAAUUUUAUUAUUUUUUAGAAUUUCUGGAGACCUUAUUUUUAUGCAGAUCUAGUUGAAAAUUGUUAUAAUUUUGAAUUUAAUUGUUUAGGAGGAUGGGAUUAUGGAGAUUAUUCAUGUUCUUUAGGUCAUAUUGGAGCAUUAUGUGAAUAAUGUGAUAUUUAUAAUACAAGAGGAGAUGGAUCAUAUUCAAUUAGUUAAAAAUAUAAAUGUGGCUCUUGUGAUAAUACUGAUUCAAAUACUUUAAUCAUUAUAGCCAUUUCAUUAUGGUACUUAUUAAACGUUAUAAUAGGACUCUUAUUUCUAUUUCGAUUUCUGUUAAAAGCACAGUAGAAAUUAUUAAAUAAUUAGCCAAAGCAUCCAAAUUAAAGUAGAUUGGUAUUAUGAUAAUAGUCACAAAAAACAAUGCUGUUAAUUUCAUUAAGAUUCUUACCAAUUAUCUUUAAAUUAUUGCAUCUAUUAGUACUUUUUAAUUGGAAUUGCCUUAAAAUAUGGAAUAUGCUAUGAAUUCUUUAGGAAAUCCAGUAGAAACAAUGGCAUAUUCUUUGGAUUGUUUUUUAAAAGAUAUGUUCGAAAGUAUUUCAAUUCAUUAUUCAAGAACAAUAUGGUAAUUAAUUAUGCCAAUUGUUUAUAUUCUAUUAUUUUUAUAAUUUUAUGGAGUAGGAGUAAUUCUUAAAUAUUUUGAUUUUAAUUGUUGUGUUAUUUCAACAUCAUUAAUAUAUAUGUUCAUAUAUUUCUAACCUAAUAUUAUUGCUGGAUAAAUUGGAUUGUUAUCUUAUAGAACAAUCUCAGGAUAUAAAUGGNUUUGACUGGCAGAAUAAUAAUUAUAUAAUGAUGAAUUAUACUUUAAGAUUAAUUCCAUAUGAUUAAAGGAAUAAUAGAAUAAAAAAUUUAACAUAUAGUAAAUGUACUAUUAAAGGAAGAUUAUAUGAUUUUAUGAAAAUAGAAGAAAGUGAAUAAAAGAGUUUUAGUAAUAAUUUUACAAAUUUAAAUGAAGUAGUGUAUGAUAAUUCAUUGGAAGAGUAUAAUUUUGAUCAUUUAAUUAUAUAUUUUGAUCCUGAUUUACCUGAAAAUAUAGUAUUAUAAUUUGAAUUUAAAUGUGAUUCAAUUAGAAUACCAAUUAUAAAUGAAGAUUCAUAAUUGGAUACAAUAAUGUAAUAAUCGGAAGAAUAUUAUUUAAGAUUGAAUAUUAAAACAUUACCUUGUUAAAUAGGAGAAUUAAAAAGUGAUGAAGAUUUCUCUUGUCAUCCUUGUGAUUAUACUUAAGAUUAUUAUUCAGUUAAUCUAAAUUCAAAUAAAUGUAAAAUUAGAGAUAAUAUAUAAAUGAUAGAAGUAAAGUCAGCGUAAAUUAAAUUAAGACCUGUAAAUUAUUUAAAUUUUAUUAUUUUUUAGAAUUUCUGGAGACCUUAUUUUUAUGCAGAUCUAGUUGAAAAUUGUUAUAAUUUUGAAUUUAAUUGUUUAGGAGGAUGGGAUUAUGGAGAUUAUUCAUGUUCUUUAGGUCAUAUUGGAGCAUUAUGUGAAUAAUGUGAUAUUUAUAAUACAAGAGGAGAUGGAUCAUAUUCAAUUAGUUAAAAAUAUAAAUGUGGCUCUUGUGAUAAUACUGAUUCAAAUACUUUAAUCAUUAUAGCCAUUUCAUUAUGGUACUUAUUAAACGUUAUAAUAGGACUCUUAUUUCUAUUUCGAUUUCUGUUAAAAGCACAGUAGAAAUUAUUAAAUAAUUAGCCAAAGCAUCCAAAUUAAAGUAGAUUGGUAUUAUGAUAAUAGUCACAAAAAACAAUGCUGUUAAUUUCAUUAAGAUUCUUACCAAUUAUCUUUAAAUUAUUGCAUCUAUUAGUACUUUUUAAUUGGAAUUGCCUUAAAAUAUGGAAUAUGCUAUGAAUUCUUUAGGAAAUCCAGUAGAAACAAUGGCAUAUUCUUUGGAUUGUUUUUUAAAAGAUAUGUUCGAAAGUAUUUCAAUUCAUUAUUCAAGAACAAUAUGGUAAUUAAUUAUGCCAAUUGUUUAUAUUCUAUUAUUUUUAUAAUUUUAUGGAGUAGGAGUAAUUCUUAAAUAUUUUGAUUUUAAUUGUUGUGUUAUUUCAACAUCAUUAAUAUAUAUGUUCAUAUAUUUCUAACCUAAUAUUAUUGCUGGAUAAAUUGGAUUGUUAUCUUAUAGAACAAUCUCAGGAUAUAAAUGGAUAUUAGGUAAUGUUGCUAAUAGAUAUGAUACAAAUGAUCAUUACAAAUGGUUACUAUCAUUCAGUUUUCCAGUUUUAUUUACUUUUGGUGUUUUAUUACCUGGAUUACUAUUUAAUAGACUUUAUAAAAUCAGAAAUACUUUAUAACAUAUGAAAAACAGAUUGAUUUGGGGUUAUUUGUAUAAUGAAUAUAAAGAAAUUGCAUAUUAUUGGGAAAUCAUUAAGAUAAUUUAGAAAGAAUUAAUUAUAAUUGUACUUACUUUUUAUCAAGAUUAAAUUAUAGUUAAAGCAGUUUUAGCUUAUGGGAUUAUCUUUAUAUACAAUUACUUAACUUUAUAAAUAUUUCCAUAUUAAUCUAUGUAACUUAACAUUUUAGAUCAUUAAUCAACUAGAGUUUGUGGUUUUUCUAUAGUUUUGGCAAUAGGAAUUUAUGGAUCUUUAUAAAGUGCCAUAAUCGAGGUUUAAAUUCCAUUUUAUAUUAUUAUGGCAAUCAUCAAUUUUCUAUUUUUGGCUAAGUUAAUCUUAUAAAUAAUCAAGGCUUAUUUUUAAUAAUUUGAACUUAUAAUUGAUAUAAUUAGAGAUUUCAUUAGAACUAAAAUCCCAUCACUAUAAUAAUAUCCUGUCUUUUAAAAAUUAUUAAAAAAUUAACAAUAAACUCGAUUAAGAGCUUAAAAGAAUUUUAGAAAAAUCAAAGCCUCUGUUAUAUUAUUGUCAAGAUAAAUUCUUUAAAAUAAAAAAGUCAACAAUACUUAAGAAAGAAAAGGAACUUUCGUUUUUGAAACUAAGUUAACACUUAAUUAAUUAGAAACAUAGCAAAAUCAGUAACGUUCAUCAUUAGUAGAAGAUAACAAAAAAAUUUAAUUAAUAGGGUUAAAUGUUAAUUGA